AUGAAGCCAAACAAUCGAACUUGUGAUGUAAUUACCAACAAAGACGAAUCUCUUCCUGCCCUUUUACUGCCAGCUCUGAGCAAUUACAGUUGUGAUGAUACGUUGCAAAAAGGACAAAUAUCAACAAAUGGCAAAUAUCCUCCAUUCGUUUUAUCUGAUUGCCCUUUACUACCAAAGAACUUGAGCAUUCAUGCAGAGCAAAGCCCAGUGCAAGUUUCUUCGGUUCAGCUUGCAGACCAUAGUUAUGAAAAGUGGCAAAAAGAAUCCGAAAAGACCAAACUCCCCAAGCUUAGCUGUCCAACAGAUUAUCGAGAUUACUAUAAAACAAUUUCUUCUGGCGAAACAACUGAUUCAGCGGUUAUUUCAUCUAUAGCAACAAAUAGACUGAAAAGGAAACGUCAAAGAGACGGCCCAAGUUGUGAUUCUUGUAGAACAAAAAAAAUAAAAUGCAACGCGACAAUCAUUGUCUAUUUACAAGAUAGAAACUUGAUCUCCUCUAUUUCUUCAAAUUUGCAUUAUACUCUUUCUCAAGACGACAUUGACCAGUUUCGAACGAAGUUUUUCAAGAAACUGCCGGACGUGAUAAAUACGUAUGAAGUCAUAAAACACCUUGAUAAGAUAGUUCUUUUCAAAGCCUGCACUUCUUGCAGCAGAAGAAACAAAAAAAGCGGAAAGUGUCUUUUUUCUAGAGGGUUCACAAAAUCCGACAUGAACGUAUUCUCUAAAAUAAAUAGUAAACUUAAAGGCAAGACCAUCUUCGAGUUGACUGUCGAUGAUUAUAUAGCCGCUGGCUUUCAAACCCUUUAG